AUGGCGUCCCUUGAAGUCGACGACGCCCUCAUCGCCCGCGUCACCGACUACGUCAAAGAAUACAUGUCCCACUACGACGGCUCCCACGAUUUCCACCACAUCCAGCGCGUUUUGCGCCUCGCACAGCACAUCCAGGCGCGCACGCCCGGCACCUCCUUCUCCAUCGUCACGCUCGCCGCGCUUCUCCACGACGUCGGCGACAAAAAGUACCUGCAGCCCGGCGAGGACGCGACGCGGCUCGUCCACGCCGUCCUCGCGUCCUUUGGCGCCGCCGACGCGCUCGCCGAGACGGUGCAGGCCAUCUGCCUCGGCGUCAGCUACUCGGGCGAGGCCAGGGACCCCGGGGCGGUGGCGGCGCUGAUUCGCGCGCACCCGGAGCUGGCGGUGGUGCAGGACGCGGACAGGCUCGACGCCCUGGGCGCGGUGGGCAUUGGUCGCGCGUUUGCGUUUGGCGGCGCGCGCGGCAGGGGGCUCGACGACACGAUUGCGCACUUUGAGGAUAAGCUGCUGAGGCUGGAGGGCUUGAUGAAGACGCCGACGGGGAGGGAGCUGGCGCGGGAGAGGUCGGCGAGGAUACGAAAGAUGCACGAGUGGUGGCUGCUGGAAACGGGAGACGAAGUUCAAUGA